GUGCAGUUUAUAAUAGUGUGCACAAAUGUCCUUGUACAGUAUUGUACUGAGGAAAGUGUAGAAAUAUGUGCACGUAAGAAACUUACCAAAGGGCAGAGUUAGACAGUCUGAUGGCAGGAUUAAGGACCUGCAAAUAAAAUAGGUACAAUAAGACUAUGCUAUAUACAAUAUAAGUAAGUGGAUAACAAUGAGUGUAAACAAGACAAAGUAUCACACUGUGCUAAAGUAAAUUGUAACGUGACUUAAGUGACAAAGUAGCAAAAUAAGUCAAUACAGCACACACAUUUAGCAGAUUAGCAGUAUAUUAUGUAUAGCUACCUUGUGUAUACAAAGUUACUGGCCAUUUUACCAAAUAGGUCUGUCCAUACAUCAGUAGAAAAGGACCACAGUGAUCCGAUGUGUGGUGGCGCAUUCUCACCACAGCAGUGACGUUGACAUAGUUGUGUAUGUGUGGCUCUGGUGUGAGUGUAUUGCAUUUCAAGUCUACAUUAUUAACAGUGGUUUGCUUUAAGUUACUUUUAGCUGAUGUUACGACAUGCUGUAAUGAAAUGCUGCGGCCUGCAUUUCCUGUAUUCUUAAGUACCAUUUUCCACGUUGGCUUCUUCAGAAAGCAGAACUGACAGAGUUUAAGACAAAACAUUUCAAAAUAUUUCCCUGAUGUCAUUGUGUGAAUCUGUGUUUAAAAAUUGUCUCGUUAUAUGUACACACACUUUAAACAGUAGCAAGUAAAUCCUUAUGAGAGCAAACAUUUUAUGUUUGUAAGUUGUUAUUUAGCUGAUGUUUUGGUAUUUUUGGGGGGGUAAAUUUUAAUAAUAAUCUGUAGGCAGUACUGCUAACCUGGAAAGGCAACGUAGUUAUUUCGUCACUCAUGUGGGAGUAGGAAGUGUGAGUUUAUGUGGACAGAACUUAAUGUGAUGUGGUGUGUGUGUGUGUGUAGGAGUGUGCUAGACCCAUUAGACACAUUUACCCCACUCGAGGAAAAACGGUUUAAACCUUUGUGGUAAACAUGUUAUCAGAGUUGCUCUUGUGCUUUUUUCUAACUCUUCCGUUUUGCUACUCUACAAACACCAAAAAUGCAGUGACUUUAUUUAUGACUUCAAUAAUAUGAUUUUAUCAUAUUGCCCAGCCCUAGUAGUUGGAGAGUAGGUAUUUGUGAUAUAAAUCAUUUAUAAUUUCCUUAUACAUUUCUUCAUACCAGUAUAUAGGGUUUUGCGCUAUUCUAAUUGACUCCUUCACUCUAUAGGUGCCGUGUCUAGUGGGGAUACUGCCUUUCUACCAUGUCCUUUACCGAUCAACUACACUGACUUUAUGAGGAUUGGAGUUAAGUGGGAAAAGGAUGGAGGGUCAAUUUUAUGUACAUAUUCUAUUCAAAAUAAAACAACUCAUGACCAUAACUGCAAACCUCGGUUCAAAGUAAAUACAGAACCUUUAGGGCUGAAUGUAACAGGUGUUGAAAGCAGUGAUGCUGGUCUUUAUAAAUGUUUGAUGACCAGAUUAAUACCACCACCUUCAGAUGAGAGAUCAGUAACCCUGAGGCUUAAAGUUAAUGUUCUACCAUCUCUUACCCUGCAGCUGAUGAACAGCACUAAUGUCUCCUGUGUGGAGCUGCUCUGCUCUCUGCAGGGUUUGGGACCACAGCAGGUGAACUUCACAUGGACCAGAGCAACUCAGCUUCUUCACCAUCAUCCAGAGUCCAGAAGCAUGAACAGUACACUGACGCUCUGCAAGCCGAACUGGACGGACAGAGAAACACUCACUUGUCACGCCAGUUACUCACACAACCACACACUCUACAGCAAGAGCAUAACACUCCCAUGCAACUCAGUGGGCUGUAAGGUUGAGGAAGCAUCAUUACUGAUCAUUGCCGUUAUCAGCACAUGUGCAGGGCUGCUUUUCCUCGUUCUGCUUGGUGUAGCCAUCUUCAAAUGUAAGAAAAGACAUGCUGCAAAUGGUACUGCAUACUACAGAAAUAAAAUCUACGAGAACUUCUCUUUUUCCACGGCUACGAUCAACCCCAAUCCAAGUCCGCAAAAUGCUCAGCCUGGUGCCAGAUACAAUAUCAACAGUACUACCAGACCUAUUCCACAGACAAUCACACAGACUCAGAGAGAGGAAUGCAUCUAUGAGAACUAACAAUAACUAAGCAACUGCUAUCAUAAAAAAACAGGCUCCAAUGUUGGUUUGUGUGCAAUUUAUUUUAUUUAUUAAUAGUCACUUUUUCUAAACACAUAAACUGUGGUCACACUAUCACAGUGUCUCUACUCUAAAUGUAGUAGGACCCGACUAACAGUUUAUCUCUGUAUAGUGGUUUUGGUUCUUCUAAAUAAAUGGCAAAUAUUGC